AUGACGGUGUUACCACAAACCGGGCAACAACAUCGAACCCAGAUGAACUGUGUUACCACACCGGCAACAACAUUCAACCCAGAUGACGGUGUUACCACACCGGCAACAACAUCGAACCCAGAUGACGGUGUUACCACACCGACAACUACAACGAACCCAGAUGACGGUGUUACCACACCAGCAACAAUAUCGAAUCCAGAUGACGGUGUUACCACAACGAUAACUACAUCAAAAUCAGAUCACUGUGUUACCACACCAACAACUAUAUUGAAUUCAAAGAUCAACGUUUUUUACCAACACCAAUCAACUAUAUCAAAAAUCAAAUCACUUGUGUUACCACAACCAACAACUAUAUCAAAAAUCAGCGCUGUCUGUGUUACCAAACACCACCAACUGUAUAUCGAAAUUUCAGCUGUUCUUUUAUUAUCAACAAACCCAACCAGUAUUGAGUCACCUCAACAACAACAUCGGAGAACUUAUACAAGCUACCCAAACACUUCAAAAUUAUAUAACAAGAUAAUCAAAAUGAUCAAAACUAAACAUUUCUGUCGUUCCCAUUAA